CAUAACUCCAAUAUCUCUUUAAUUUAGAAUACUUUGAGCAAGGAAGUGUAGUUUUCUACUUGCAGCUUCAAGCUAGUACUACUAAGCUAGCAUAGCAAGAUGGAUAAGAACAAAUUCGAAGCAACACAAGGAGAGGUUAAUGAUGAGAUGAAAUGGGUUCAUGAUUCUUCAGUGGAUCACAAAGGAAGAGUUCCCUUCCGAGCUUCAACUGGUUCUUGGAAAGCUUCUCUCUUUAUUAUUGCAAUUGAGUUUAGUGAGAGGUUAAGCUACUUUGGAAUAGCAACUAGCUUGAUCCUUUAUCUCACAAGGGUUAUUCAUCAAGACCUUAAGAUAGCAGUUAGGAAUGUGAACUACUGGUCUGGUGUCACAACUUUGAUGCCACUUUUUGGAGGAUUCCUAGCUGAUGCAUACUUGGGCCGCUACAUCACUGUGAUUGCAUCAUGCAUUAUAUAUCUCAUGGGUUUGGUUCUCCUUUCUCUGUCAUGGUUCUUACCAGGUUUAAAGCCAUGUGAUCACAUUAAUAUGUGUUCUGAACCUAGGAGGAUUCAUGAAGUGGUUUUUUUCCUAGCCAUUUAUUUAAUAUCCAUAGGAACUGGAGGGCAUAAACCUUCUUUGGAAAGCUUUGGAGCUGAUCAAUUUGAUGAUGAUCAUGCUGAAGAAAGAAGGCAGAAAAUGUCCUACUUCAACUGGUGGAAUUGUGGUCUUUGCAGUGGACUCAUUCUAGGAGUGACUGUGGUUGUUUAUGUACAAGACCAUGUAAAUUGGGGUGUUGCUGAUAUCAUCCUCACAGUGGUCAUGGCUUUCUCAUUGGUCAUUUUCUUGAUAGGAAGGUCAACUUAUCGUUAUCGGGCACCAACUGGCAGCCCCUUGACUCCAAUGUUUCAGGUUCUUGUUGCUGCUAUUUCCAAAAGAAAGCUUCCUUAUCCUUCCGAUCCAACUCAACUAUAUGAAGUUUCAAUGUUUGAGGGUAGCAAUGGAAGAUUUCUGGCCCAUACCAAGAAACUCAAAUUUCUUGACAAGGCAGCUAUUCUUGAGAAUGAAGGAAACUUAGCAGAGAAACAGGGUCCAUGGAAACUUGCAACUGUGACUAAGGUUGAAGAAAUGAAGCUUAUUAUUAACAUGAUCCCCAUUUGGGUAUUUACUUUAGCAUUUGGAAUUUGUGCUGCACAAACACCCACUUUCUUCAUCAAACAAGGUGCCAUCAUGGACAGAAAGAUAGGCAAUAAUGGGUUUGAGAUUCCUCCAGCUUCAAUCUUCACUCUUGCCGCCAUUGGGAUGAUAAUUUCUGUGGCCAUUUAUGACAAGAUCCUUGUACCAGUGUUACGAAAGCUAACAGGAAAUGAAAGAGGAAUGAAUAUCCUUCAGAGGAUUGGUUUUGGAAUGUUUUUCUCAGUUGUUACAAUGAUAGUAGCAGCUUUGGUAGAGAGAAAGAGGCUUGAAGCUGUCGAGAUGAAUCCAUCAAAGGGUUCAUUAUCAAUGAGUGUCUUUUGGUUAGCUCCACAAUUUCUAAUUAUUGGUAUUGGUGAUGGUUUAGCCCUUGUGGGCUUGCAAGAGUAUUUCUAUGACCAAGUGCCAGAUUCAAUGAAAAGCUUGGGGAUAGCACUUUACCUAAGUGUGAUUGGGGCUGCAAAUUUUCUCAGUAGUUUGUUGAUAACAAUUGUUGACCAAGUCACAGGUAAGAUUGGGAAAAGUUGGUUUGGUAAGGAUUUGAAUAGUAGCCGCUUGGACAGAUUCUAUUGGCUACUUGCAUGCAUAACCACACUGAACUUGUUCAUGUUUGUGUUCUUUGCUCGUAAGUAUUCUUAUAAGAAUGUGCAAAAGGUUGCAGUGGCUGAUUGUUAUGAAGGAAAAAGUGAUGGUAGUAGAGCAGAGAUCAUAGUUUGAAUUAGUUCAAUUAGGUUUAUAUAGCAUAAAAGACUAGGAUUUCAUCCUCUGAUGAUGAAAAUAUGUUUCCACUUGUAAAUCAUAUUUCUAUUUUCCACCACUAUUAUAAUAUAGAUUGCCCUGCUAUCCAUAAAUUCCACAACCAUUUGAAAUUUGAUUUUGAAGAAUAAUCUUAGCGUGGUGUCAAUUGCUUAUGAUCCAAACUAAGAGUCUCCUA